AAGUUGGCAACGAAAUGAAAGACAACCUAUCCAAUCUGGUAACUUGUCUAGAAAUGAUUCACAUGAUAUAGAAAAUCUUCCAGAUUAUAGUGAGAGUGAAGAACAAUCUAAGCGGCCUAGGGGUCCCACUAUGAUGCACUCAGGAUGGGGAAAAGACGGUGACAAUUUACAUGUUGAAUUGAAUGAUCGUGGACAAGUUAUUGGUCCAGAAGCAGCUAGAUUACAUUCAAAACUUGGUGUGAUAGCACGAAAUGACAUUUUAGCGCCAUUGAAUCAUAGAGAUUGGAGGCUUGUUCCUGAUAUGCACAAGGAUAUAAUAUGGAGUGACAUUAAGGAAAAUACUGAUGCAACUGAUGAUAUGAGACGCAUUUUGAUGAUGUCAGUUGGAUCUAAAUGGAAAGAGUGGAAGCAUGAAGCAAAAUGUAGUGGCUAUGACCCGUAUAAUACUGAUAUUGAGCGCUUAGCUCAUCGUCCAAAGAGGGUUGCAGAAGAUCAGUGGCGUUCAUUAGUUCAUUAUUGGAGUUCAAAAGAAGCAAAGGAAAAGAGCGAGAGAAACAAAGAAAGUCGAAAAAAGUUGACUAUGCCACACACAUCAGGAAGAAAAAGUCUUGCUCAAAUUAUAGAUGAUAUGACAAAAGAGAAUAAUGGUGUAAAGCCAACUCGUAUUGAGGUGUGGAAAAAAACUCACACUAGAGAGAAUAAACAACCAAUAAAUGACAUAGCCGGUGAAGUUAUGAAACAAAUGGAUGAUCUUGCUGAGGUGUAUCCCGAGUUAAAUGUCCCUGGAAGUGCUCGCAAUGAUAUAUAUUCACAAGUAAUGGGACCGGACACUCAUGGGAUUGUUCGAACUCUAGGAAAAGGAGCAGCUCCAAGUCUAGUUUAUGGCCCAGUAUAUAAACGAUCACAGUUGGAGCAACGAGAUUUUGAUGCAAGGGUUGAGAUAGAAGUUCAAAAAGCUACCGUAGCAAUCCAAAUUGAUAUGGAUAAAAAGUUGGCUGAAGCAAAACAAAAUAUGGAAGCAAAAAUGGAUGAAAGAAUGGAUGAAAAGGUGAAGGAAAAAGUGAAGGCUGAGAUGCAAGCAUACGUACAGAGUAUCGGUUUUAUGAAUGGCUCAAACAGUAAAUCAAUCAGUAAUGAAGAGCUUUCCCAUAACUCAGUUGAAGACCGCCAACAAUCAUUAUCUCCUGUUUCAGUUGUUCCAACAAAAAAGGUUAACUUAAUCAAGAACACCACAAAUAAUGGAGUUGACACACAAAAAAAGAACACUUUUGAAGAGUGUGUGAUACCAAUUAUUGGCAAGUGAUGCUCGAAUUGUGGAAAGAUGAAUUCCAUUUUUCUUGUUGCAGAAUUUAUUCUAGAAGUUUAGGGAAUUAAAGAGAGUUUGGCGUAUUUUCAUGUUGAAAUCACUUUAGCUUUUAUGUUUUAGUUAGAAUUUGUUUUAUUUGAGAUAGAACAAGAAGUCCUUUGAUUUGACAGCGUCUAACUUGCAAGGAGACCUUUCUCUGCUAUGUCCUUUGAAAUACAAUUG